AUGACCACUAUUGAAGCAUUGAAAAGUUCGAAACAAAGAACAUCCAUAUCACUAGACAAAAAAUUAUCAAUUUUACAGUGCCUUUCGGGUGGUCAAACUGCAGCUUCUGUCGCUAGAGCUUUUCGGUUGAAUGAAUCAACUAUCAGAAGUAUCAAGAAAAAUGAGGCCAAAAUAACAAAAGCUGCUAUUGAAGGAACGGUUGGUUCUGCUAAGCUUUCAUCAUAUACACGAGAUCCUACGAUGGUAAAAAUGGAAAAAGCAUUGCUGCUUUGGAUUGAGGAUCACGCACAAAAGGAUAUACCCCUAGAUGGGGAGUUGAUAAAAAACAAAGCUUUGCAGUUAUAUGGCCUACUAUCGAAUGAUGGGCCAUGUACAAGCUCUGCUGUCCGGAGUUUUACUGCAAGCAAAGGAUGGUUUUACAAAUUUAUGCAAAGAAAUUCAAUCCGUAAUGUAAAACUAAAGGGUGAGAGUGCAUCUGCGGACACAACGGCCGCAGACCAUUUCAAAAAAACUUUUAUGAAAAUAGUCGAUGACGGCUCCUACCACGCAGAUCAAAUAUUUAAUGCAGAUGAGACAGGUCUCUUUUGGAAGAAAAUGCCUAGUCGAACUUUCAUUGCCAAGUCGGAACAAAAGGCUAGCGGAUUCAAAGCAGCGAAAGAUCGAAUAACUUUGAUGUUUUGCUGUAAUGCAUCUGGCGACCGUAUGUUAAAGCCACUAUUGAUACAUAAGGCAAAGAGACCACGUGCUCUCAAAAAUGUACAACCUAAAGAUUAUCCUGUACAUUGGAUGUCUAACCGCAAGGCUUGGAUGACGAAGGAAUUAUUUGAACAAUGGUUCUAUGAUUUUUUUUGUACCGGUAGUUCAGGAGUAUUUAAACAGCAAGGGAAUGGAUUUUAAAGCCUUGCUAUUGAUUGAUAAUGCCCCUGGUCAUUGCGAAUUAACACAUUCUAAUAUAAAAGUUAUAUUCUUGCCACCAAACACAACAUCUCUAAUACAACCGCUAGACCAAGGAAUCAUCUCAACAUUUAAAAAACUCUAUAUAAAACAAUCUUUUCGGUUCAUCUUACAACAACUUGAUCGAAAAAGCUCUGAAUCUCUGCCAGAAGCCUGGAAAAAAUACACCAUGAAAGAGUGUCUAAUUAACAUUGAAGCAGCACUAACGGAAAUGAGGAAGUCUACACUCAAUGCUUGCUGGCGUCCACUUUGGCCCGACUGUGUCAUUUUUACAAAACCACAAUCGGAUAAUGCAGUUUCAGAAAUCCUGUUGUGGGCUCACGCAAUGGGAGGUGAAGGUUUUGAGGACAUGUCCAGUAAAGAUAUCGACGAACUUUUAAAGGAGUCCGUUAUAGAAAACGAAGAGUUAUUGGACAGCCUCAAUGAUACAAUUGACCCAGCGAUCGAUGAUAGCCAAGAAAUAAGUGCGACAAAAAUUAAAGAAGGGUUAGAUUUGGCGAAUAAGCUAGCGGAGCAUUUUUUAAAAUGUGACCCUAAUAUACAACGUGCUAUUUCCUUUAAA